UUGGUUUCGGGUUGUCAGGCAGCUGCAGCGGGGAAGCUGUGAGGAGCGCCCGGAGGGGACCUGGAGGCCUCGGAGGUAGGCCCGGUCAUGCCCGGUGUGGCGGCCUGAGCCCCUCACCAGCCGUCAGCAUGAAGGACAACGGCGACUCCAAGGACCAGCAACUCAUGGUUGCGCUUCGGGUCAGACCCAUCAGUGUGGCGGAGCUGGAGGAGGGAGCGACCCUCAUCGCCCAUAAAGUGGAUGAGCAGAUGGUGGUGCUCAUGGACCCCAUGGAAGACCCCGACGACAUCCUGCGGGUACACCGCUCCCGAGAGAAGUCCUACCUGUUUGAUGUGGCCUUUGACUUCACUGCCACCCAGGAAAUGGUGUAUCAGGCCACCACCAAGAGCCUCAUUGAAGGGGUCAUCUCAGGCUACAACGCCACUGUCUUUGCCUACGGCCCCACUGGCUGCGGGAAAACCUACACCAUGCUGGGCACAGACCAUGAGCCGGGCAUCUAUGCCCGCACCCUCCAUGACCUCUUCCGUGCCAUCGAGGAGACCAGCAAUGACAUGGAGUAUGAGGUAUCCAUGUCCUACAUGGAGAUCUACAAUGAAAUGAUCCGGGACCUGCUGAAUCCUGCCCUGGGGUACCUGGAGCUGAGAGAGGACUCCAAGGGAGUGAUCCAGGUGGCUGGAAUCACUGAAGUAUCUACCAUCAACGCCAAAGAGAUCAUGCAGCUGCUGAUGAAGGGGAACCGGCAGCGGACCCAGGAGCCUACGGCUGCCAACCAGACAUCGUCACGCUCCCACGCAGUGCUCCAGGUGGCCGUGCGCCAGCGGAGCCGCAUCAAGAACAUCCUACAGGAGGUGCGGCAAGGCCGCCUCUUCAUGAUUGACUUGGCUGGCUCAGAACGUGCCUCCCAGACACAGAACCGUGGGCAGCGCAUGAAGGAGGGUGCCCACAUCAACCGCUCCCUGCUGGCCCUGGGCAACUGCAUCAACGCGCUCAGUGACAGGAGCAGCAACAAGUACAUCAACUAUCGUGACAGCAAGCUCACCCGGCUCCUGAAGGAUUCCCUGGGGGGGAACAGCCGCACGGUGAUGAUCGCCCACAUCAGCCCAGCGAGCAGUGCCUUUGAGGAGUCCCGAAACACCCUGACCUAUGCCGGCCGGGCCAAGAACAUUAAGACCAGGGUGAGGCAGAACCUGCUCAAUGUCUCCUACCACAUUGCCCAGUAUACCAGCAUCAUCACUGACCUGCGGAGUGAGAUCCAGCGACUCAAAUGCAAGAUUGAUGCACAAGGGGCGCGGGGAGCAGCCCGGGUCCGGCUGGAUCAGGGCCACAUCCAAGCCGAAGUCCAGCUGCAGAGUGGACAGGGGGAGCAGGCUGAGAUGGCCCAGCUACGGGAGCAGCUCAUCAGCGCCUUCCAGGAGCAGAUGGAUGUCCGGAGACGCCUGCUAGAGCUGGAGAACCAUGCCAUGGAAGUCCAGAUUGACACCUCCCGCCACCUGCUCACCAUCGCUGGCUGGGAGCACGAAAAGUCUCGCCGGGCCCUCAAGUGGCGCGAGGAGCAACGGAAGGAGUCGUUCACCAAGGACGAUAGCGAGAAGGACUCAGACACAGGUGAUGACCAGCCAGACAGCCUGGAACCGCCCGAAGUGGCCUCAGCCCGGGAGAACAUCGCUGCCCUGGUGGGCGAACAGAAGAAGCUUCACAAGGAGAAGCUGGCGCUAGAGCAGCGCUGUCGUGAGCUGCGCACGCGGGGCCGGCGCCUGGAGGAGACGCUCCCGCGACGCAUCGGCUCUGAAGAGCAGCGGGAGGUGCUGAGCCUGCUGUGCCGCGUGCACGAGCUCGAGGUGGAAAAUACGGAGAUGCAGUCCCACGCGCUGCUGAGGGAUGGCGCACUCCGCCACCGCCGCGAAGCUGUGCGUCGCUUGGAGCAGCACCGCAGCCUCUGUGAUGAGAUCAUCCAGGGCCAGCGGCAGAUCAUUGACGACUACAACCUGGCCAUUCCCCAGCACCUGGCACAGCUUUACGAAAUGUACCUGCGGGAGCUGGAGGAGGGUGGCCUGGAGCGGGCCACCAUCAUGGACCGAGUGGCCUCCAGGGCCCUGCAGAACAGCUCCUUGCCCAAAAUUGCCCCAGUGGGAACCAUGCUGACCCCAGAUUCAGACCUGGAGAGUGUGAAGACACUGAGCUCGGAGACCCAUCGCCUGCAGAACAACAUCCUCCCCCCACUCAGCACGGAGAGUGAAACCAACCACAUGUUCAAGACUAGUCCCAGGGCCUGGCAGGUGAAGGGCUCCUCAGUGCCCACCCCGCCUCCCAUCCAGAUCAGUGACCUGGUGACCCAGGAGGCACCCGCUCUGGACAGCCUGGUCAGUCUGAGCAGCCGGAUCAACUCCUCCCCCGACAGCCUAGAGAAUCUAUCAGAGAUAUCCUUGUCCCACAAAGAGCGGAAGGAAAUCCUUACGGGCACCAAGUGCAUUUCGGUGAAGGCCGCGCGGCGGCGCUCGCGAGCCCUUGGCGCUGAGGGUCGCCAUCUCCUGGUGCCCGUGGCGCAGCGCAGCAGCCUGUCCCUGCACUCGCUGAGCGAGGCCGACGAUGCGGAGCCGCCCGGCCCGCUCGCCUACAAACGGCCACCCAGCCCCACGCUACAGCGUGCGGCAAGCGAGGACAACCUGUCCAGCAGCACAGGCGAGGCUCCAGCCCGGCCGGCGGGGCAGCGCGGCGACGGCCCUAGCCCCUGGCUUUACGGCCUGAAGAAAAACCCCGGCAAGAAACGGGAAGACUCUCUGGAGGCCAAGAGAAGAAAGCGGAGGUCCAGGUCCUUCGAGGUCACAGGGCAAGGGCUCUCUCGUCCCAAGAACCACCUCCUGGGGCCCCGUCCCUUGCAGAACGUCUCGGAUCACAGGAUGCCAGCCCCUGGUACCCGACACCCAGGAAAGGUCAUGUUACCUAUGGCCAAAGUCAAACUCCUUCCAAGCCAGAACAUGGGCCCUGAGGACCCCUCAUCCGUUGCUGUUCCCCCCAAUCUAGUUGGCGUUUCCCGACGGGCUACUCGAGGGCCCCGCCUGCCCCAUGGGACAGGCGCCUAUGGCAAAGAUGGACGUUUCCGGCAUAACUGA